AUGACAGAAGCAGCAGGUGGUGAUCUCAAAAAAGGUGUGACGAUCAAUUCGCUAAAUGAUUUGAAAGCGGUUUUUCACAGUUUACUUUAUCCAAAAGAAAAUAAAGUAGCGGAACAGGCAUUCGUCAGUUUGGAACAAAAAACGCAUCUGAAUCGAGAAAAGAUAUUAUAUGUUGUCAUUAGCAUUGCGGCUCUGUAUAUGGUUUUUGGAGCAUUUGCUAAAAUAGUUUGUAAUUUAAUUGGUUUCGCAUUUCCAGCUUAUGCUUCUGUCAAGGCGAUUCGCACAGCACAGAAAGAUGACGACACUCAUUGGCUUAUUUAUUGGACGGUAUUUGGUGCAUUUUCGCUAGUUGAUUCUUUUGCGGAAAUAAUUUUUUGCUACUUUCCGAUUUAUUGGGUCUUCAAGGCAUUAUUAUUGCUCUACUUGUAUCUCCCUCAAACAUACGGUGCUAUAAUUUUGUACGAACGACUUGUUGAUCCGGCAAUCACAAAAGUAGAUCUGUUACUGAAAGAAAAUGCAUUCUUACAAAAGAUUUUUUCUUUUCUCUCUCAUGGUCGUAUUGAGUGA